AUGGGCUCGAGCUGGAGCAGCGAGGAGGAGCGGCAGCCGCUGCUGGGGCCCGGACUCGGGCCUAGGCCAGGGACUACCUGGAGAAGUCGGGAGGCAGCAGCGGCCGCGGUGCUGCCGGCUGCGGCUCCGGGCCCCGGGCGGGUGUACGGGCGCCGCUGGCUGGUCCUGCUGCUCUUCUCGCUACUCGCGUUCGCUCAGGGCCUGGUCUGGAAUACCUGGGGUCCGAUCCAGAACUCGGCGCGCCAGGCCUAUGGCUUCUCCAGCUGGGAUAUUGCGCUGUUGGUGCUGUGGGGUCCCAUCGGCUUUCUGCCCUGCUUCGCGUUCAUGUGGCUCAUGGACAAGAGAGGUCUUCGGAUAACUGUGCUUCUGACAUCCUUCCUCAUGGUUUUGGGAACUGGUCUAAGAUGCAUACCUAUAUCAGACUUAAUACUUAAAAGAAGACUAAUCCAUGCAGGACAGAUGUUAAAUGGAUUGGCAGGUCCAACAGUAAUGAAUGCAGCUCCGUUCCUCUCCACGACGUGGUUUUCUGCAGAUGAACGGGCCACUGCCACAGCUAUUGCAUCAAUGCUCAGUUAUCUUGGUGGAGCGUGUGCAUUUUUAGUUGGACCACUUGUUGUUCCAGCUCCAAAUGGGACUUCACCUCUUCUUGCUGCUGAGAGCAGCAGAGCCCACAUUAAAGAUCGCAUAGAGACUGUGUUAUAUGCAGAAUUUGGAGCUGUCUGCUUGAUAUUUUCUGCAACACUAGUUUAUUUUCCACCCCGGCCUCCACUUCCCCCCAGUGUUGCUGCAGCUAGUCAGAGGCUGAGUUAUCGGCGCAGCUUUUGUAGAUUAUUAAGUCUCAGAAUCAGGCAUGAUAGUGUUAUAUUAAAUAUCAUCUGCACACUUUCUUGACAGGUAGAUGCUGGCUGGAUUGGAUUUUGGUCCAUAGUUGGAGGCUGUGUUGUUGGAAUUGCUAUGGCAAGGUUUGCCGAUUUUAUCAGGGGUAUGCUGAAACUAAUUCUUCUCCUCCUGUUUUCUGGGGCUACACUAUCAUCCACGUGGUUCACCCUGACCUGUUUGAACAGCAUCACACACCUGCCUUUAACCACAGUGACGUUGUACGCCUCCUGUAUUCUCCUGGGAGUAUUUUUGAAUAGCAGUAUACCUAUAUUUUUUGAGCUUUUUGUGGAAACUGUCUACCCAGUUCCAGAAGGAAUAACUUGUGGAGUUGUCACUUUUUUAAGUAAUAUGUUCAUGGGAGUACUUUUAUUUUUUCUCACCUUUUAUCAUACAGAGUUGUCUUGGUUCAACUGGUGCCUUCCCGGGUCGUGUUUGCUCAGUCUCCUCCUCAUUCUGUGCUUCAGGGAGUCCUAUGACAGACUCUAUCUUGAUGUGGUUGUCUCAGUUUAA